UUCUCUUCCCGUCCUCGACAAUUUCCUGUAUAUUGAUCCGUUUUAUUAUAACAAAUCGCUAUUUUUCUACUAGACCCGAACAAAUCGCCAUUUCUCUACUUGACGCGGGCAAUUUCGUGUAUAUUAAGCGAUUCCCUUAUCGGACAGGGGAUUCCGUCCCCACCCAUUUUUUUUAAAAUCACUGGGAGAGAGUAAUGGCUUCUCACUUCUUUCGCCUACAUGAAAUGAAAACGUAGAAACAAGUCCUUUGCAUCUCACAUUUCUUAGAUCGAUAUUCGUUCUUAACAUGGGAUGUUUGUUUCUCCAUCUUGCAUUACAUUUCUCAAUCCUUCACGCCCCAUUCUCACUCGCAACCCCUCCCUCUUUCUCUCUUUCCAACUCCUAUCCCCCGAUGCUGUUCCUCAAUUCGCUGAAACUGGCUUCACCACCAUUUCUGCAACUCAAGCCCAUGACCCCCAAACUCGCCUUUCCUUGCUUCUCCAAGCUUGCAAAGAGGCGCCUUCUCUCUCUACCACUAAACGCCUUCACUCCCUCUCCAUCGUCAUGGGCUCGAACUUAUCUUCUCUCUUCGCCCAAAACAACCUGCUCGUGCUUUAUUCUGAAUGCGGCGAGCUUGAGUAUGCGUGCAAAGUGUUUGACAUGAUGCCCCAACGAAAUGCCAUCUCUUGGAACUCGAUUAUCAGAGCUAAUGCCAUGCUUGGUCAUGAAGAAGAAGCUUGGGAGCUCCUCUAUCGAAUGAUGGGUGAUGGUUUUACGCCCACCCAAUUCACAUUUGGCACCAUCUUAUCAUUGUACCCAAGUUAUGACGCUUCUUCUCAAUUGCAGGCAUUGAUGAUAAAAACUGGGCUCUCUGUUAACGAAUUUGCAGGGACUACACUCCUGAGAGUCUUUGCAAGACAAUCUGAUAUCGAAUAUGCGUGCAAGUUGUUCAAUGAAAUGCCUCAUCGUAAUGUGGUGACAUGGAAUUCAAUGAUUUUUGGUUAUGCUGAAAAUGGCUGCUACAAGGAGGCCUUGUGUUUGUUUCGAGAUCUUUUGAGAGAGCAUAUAAGACCCACCAAGCCCACUUUCUUGGCAAUUCUUUUUGCAUGCCAAGAGGCAAUUGAGUCUGGUGAGCAAGUACAUGGUUUAGCAAUCAAAACAGGAGGAGAAAUCUUUGUGGAAGUGGAAAAUGCUUUGAUUUACAUGUACUCGAAGUGUGGUAGCAUUGGAAAUGCUGAAAAGAUGUUCAAAAUGAUGUGUGUUCGAGAUGUGGUAUCAUGGAAUUCCAUGAUCACGGCUUUCUCAAAGUGGGGCAAGCCUGAGAAAAUGUUGGAGCUUUUCUUGUUCAUGAAUUUGCAUGGCUUAUCAGCCAGCUACACCACUUUUUCCACCAUUCUUACCUCUUGUAGUAGCUUGAGUAGCUUGUGUUUUGGUAGAUAUAUCCAUGCUAAGACCAUCAAGAGCAAUCUCAAUGUUAAUAUUUUUGUUGGUAGUGCAUUGGUUGAUAUGUAUGCAAAAUGCGAUGAUUUAUGGGAUGCUCAUCUAGUUUUUGAGGAGAUGCCCGAGAGAAAUGUGGUCUCCUGGAAUGCUUUGAUCUCUGGCUAUUCUAAUUCCAAUCACAUAGUCCAUCGGCAACUGGCCCAAUUGCUUUUUAAAAGAAUGCUGAAUUCUGAUGUAAUACCUAAUGAGUACACAUAUUCAGGUGCUCUUAAAUCAUCUAAUCUAGAAGGUGGGUUACAGCUUCAUUCUCAAGCCAUAAGAACUGCUUUCGAUCAAGAUGCGUAUGUGGGGAGCUCAAUUGCUGCCAUGUAUGCAAGAAACGGCCUCAUGUCUGAAGCCAGUGACUUUGCCACCCAAAUGUCUUCACUAACUGUAAUACCUUCUAACAUUAUUGCUGCAAAUUAUAGCAAAAAAGGCCAAUACUCAGAAGCUUGCGUGCUCCUUUCCACUAUCCAAGAACCCGACAUGAUCUCUUGGAAUACCCUAAUUGCAGCUUGCACUCGAAAUCACGAUUACCAAGUGGCAUUUGAACUCCUUCACCACAUGCAAUGUAGCAAUGAAAUGCCUGAUAAUUACACAUUUGUAAGCAUCUUGAGCAUUUGUUCAGAGACAUGCAACCUUGGACUAGGCAGUGCAAUUCAUGGCUUAAUGUUCAAAGCUGAUAUUAACUGUUCCGAUGGGUUUCUCCUUAAUGUGCUUGUGAACAUGUAUGCUAAGUGUGGGAGUCUUGAGAGCUCUAUCAAAGUCUUUCAAAGAAUUCCUGAAAAAAAUGUGGUGUCAUGGACUGCUAUGAUAUCUGCACUUGGUCUUCAUGGGUGUAGUAAAGAAGCCAUCAAAUGCUUUGAGGAGAUGCAAUUGGAGGGUAUCAAGCCUGAUCGUGUAGCUUUCAUGGCGGUUCUCAGAGCAUGCAGUCAUGGUGGGUUGGUACAGGAAGGGCUGGCUAUGUUUGAGGCUAUGAGAAAGAUUCAUGGGAUUGAGCCUGAGAUGGAUCACUAUGCAUGUGUGGUUGAUAUGCUUUGUCGAUGUGGUUGUGUGGAUGAGGCCGAAAGAUUUAUCAAAGACAUGCCAUUUUGCCCCAAUUUUCUAAUUUGGCGCACUUUUCUUUCUGGCUGUGCAAUGCAUGGACAUAGAAUGAUGUAUCAGCCUUUAUAUUUUGAAAUUAUGAAAGAGCUGAAGCAUUAGGUUGUGGUCAUAUUGAAAAGAAAGAGGUUAGUGGCCACAGUAGUGAUCAUUGGUGUCUACUUCAUGGAUACUUAGACAAAUUUGAUGGCUGGAAGCUCAUAAGUUCAGAGAUGUCACCAAACAAUUGAGCGACAAAAUGCAAUGCAUGCGAGUUCAAUUUCAAGAAAUGGGUUCUUCCAAAAAAGUCCCUCUUCUUCUCAUUUAUCAUGAAUUUCUUUAUGUUUUCAAAUAUUAAUCAUCCCUUUAACCAAUGCAUUUUUGGUGGGUUAGAGUUUUCUCUUGCAGAAUAUUCACUUCAUUGCUUCCAAAGAAUGGUGCUCAUUCUGCUUUCAAGAAGAAUGCCUUUUUGAGGGUCUGAGUUCCUACAGCAUGGGAGAGCUCAAAAAGCGAAGCAAGAGAUCAAGAGAAGAAGACAAGUAGUACAAGAUGAAAAACGGAAGAGUGAGUAGAACAAGAGAAGAAUGAAUUAACCUUAUGAACAAGAGAAGUUGAACCAAGAGCAGAACAGUAGAGGAAAAUGAGCAGGAAAGAAGCAGAAUUAGCCUCAGAAGGUACAUAAAUAAAAGAUAAGGUUAAAAAAAUGCUGAUAAGAAGUAGAUAUCGAGAAGAAGCAGACAUGAUGAAGAAAAGUGUCAAAGUAGAUAGGAUACAAAAGAAAGAGGAUUAUAAGGAAUACAAGACAGAAAAGGACAGUAUAGAAGAGAAGGGGAGAGCAUAGAUGCACAAUUGCAAUGGCAGAUUAAUAUCCCUGCCUAGUGGCUAUUCUCUGUAUGGCAACAUAUUGUUUUUGCUCUUAUGGGUUGGUGGGAGAUGUAUAUCAGAGGGAUAUGGUUCCAAUCAAAUGGGAAAAUGUCUCUACGGACUUGGAUUAGUUAGUGGAAGUAGGAAAAUAUGCAUCUCUUCUGUGAUGGCGAAUUGAAAGUGAUCAUUGGGCUGUUUAAAAGUCGAAAAUCAGAAAACGAAGUGCAAAUCAAGUUGAAGAUGAGGGAAGAACUUGAGGUUGAUUUGUGGCUGAUUUUUAUGAUGUUGUUGAAAAUCAUGUUUUAGACACAAUAAACGACCCAUAACUCAUCCAGUAUGUGGCGUUUUUGUGUGAUUCUUGGGGAAAAAUGUCUGUGGGGUUGUUUCUAUGAUUGUACUUUACUGGGAUAAAGAAAAUGUGGUGAAAAUCUGGUGAAACAAGCAGAAAAUGUAUAUAGAAGCAUUUUGCUGAUUUUUGGAUCAAAGCUUGUAAAAAGAACCAUAAAUCUUUUAAAUCUUAGAGCUUUGGGUAAAAUUUGUUGCAAAAAUGACCUCGAGGCAAUUCUCUGUGAUUUGGUUGUCAGAUCAUCUGUUCGCUGGCCAAAAAUGAAGAAAUAAAGGCUCGAAGGUGAUGGGUAUCGAUGAAACCAUGCUUUUCAGGGGCAUAUCAUAAUAUUUUCAUUAUUUUAACCUUAGAAAAUGCCCUUUCUCAAAGUGAUAGGAUGAAAAGCUGAGUUUUCACCGACAUAUUCACCCAACCCAACAGUUGAUUUUCCAACCUAAUGUGAAACCCAUCUAUAAAUGGCCUAAGUCCCUUUCUUUUCUAAAGAUGGAGACCAUUUGUUCAGUUUAGGGUGUAGAGAACUCUAGUGAGAGAAUGCCUCCUAGAGAGAGAAACCAUAACGUAGAAGUGGAGGGAAAAAUCUCCUUAGAGGGAUAAUGCAAGCUAGAGAGAGAAAUUCUCUUAGAACGAAAAACCCAUUUACCUUUAGGCUUCUAUAUUCUAGGGAGAGAAACUCCAAACCCCAUCUGAACCCUAGCAAGCAAUACCUCAUAUCAACCCAAAUAAGCAAAAAGAGAGGGCCGAACCAUCAGUUAAUCCGUGAGCAUGAUAUGAGCUGAAUGAUCUAAGAGGACUUGCCUAACCCAGCCUAGGAUAUUCCCAACCCAAUUUGUGCCAAUUUGUGAGCAUCUAUUUACUUUAUUGAAAUUUCUCUAUUUUUUAUUUUCUUGUUUGUGUUUUUUUUAAUUUUUGGAGUCAUUUUAUAUAUAUAUUAUCACGUGCACACACAUCCACACGCGGAAAUUGGCGCAGGCUUUUAUUAUGACUCCACCGGGAAUCUCCAUCCCACUUCUAUUUAGUUUUAUAUUUUUGCAUAUUUUUCCAAUGUUCUUAAGGUCAUUUUUCUUGCCCGGAUGGAUAUGACCCCUUAACUUAUUUCUUGGUUGGGGACUUUGUGAUCUUGCUCCCCGCUCCCUGGAACUUCAUCCAGGUACACGUGCCGCCAUUGCCCUUCCAUUUACCGGCAAGGUUUGCACUGUCGGUGCAACCAUCGUCGCCACUUCCUUAGGUUGUAGCACCGCUGGCCUAUCCCACCAUGAACCCACCGACGGUGCAAUUGUCAGAGCCACUUCCACCGGCGGUAGCACUGCCAGCCCAUGCCACCAUAGACCCACCUGCUGUGGUUCUACUUCCACCAGCGGUAGCACUGCUGGCGCAUCCACCAUAGUCCCAGUGGCGGUGCAACUGCCGACACCACUUCGAUCAGUGAUAGCAUCUCUGGCCUGGCCGCCCUUUUUUACCAUGCCCACUGGCGGUGUACGGCCAUCACUUCACCCACCUGUGAUAGCACUCCUGGCCUCCAUUCUGACGUCCACAGCCGUGGUGCAUAUUGCACCACCAAACCCAUACCUCAUAAAGCCACCAGUGGUAGGAGAGGAGACCCAUCGUUCGUUGCCAGUGCCUUCCUCUUUUACCACUGGUGGGUUCCCUCUGCUGGUCCCAUAAAUACCAGUGAUCGGUUCCCACCGCCGGCUAGGCCUUUUCACUAGCUCCGCCAGUCUCCUCAUCAUGUGCCGUUGUUCCCCCUAUACUUAAAACUACUAGUAGCUCUUCAAGGCACACUGUCGGUGCCACUAGUCAAGCACGGCCUGCCACCAGCCACACACUGCCAGUACUGCCCAUGCUCGUACUGCUGUUCCCUUGAAGACCCACACCCUUCAAAUACCCAUAUUCAUCUCCCACCUUAUUUUUGUGUGGAUGGUUGUGCCCUUGGGUUGGGGACAUCUAGUACCUGGCCUUCUCUUGCCCAAUGCUCUUAAUUGGUGUGGAUUAUUGUUCCCCGUAGAACCGGGAAGAGUUGGCGGGCAAGUAGAGUUUGUGAUAGAUACUAAUGUUGCCAAGCUGAAAUGCGUCUGUUUUUAAACCUGGCCUCUGGUGCUUUUAAAGUGGCGAACCAAACUUUGGAGCCAAAAGACCCCUCUAUUUCUAGACCGAAACCAUUCUUAAGCUCACCUACCACUCAUUACAUGGAUAACAGUUCCAUUGGGCUGGGGGCAUCGAGUACUUGGCCUACUCUUGCCUGUUUCACUUGAUCGGUAUCAAUAGGGGCAUUGUCCAUUGUAGAACCGAGAAGAGUUUGUGAGGGAUACUAAUGCCAGCAACCCAAAAUGCUAUCCCUCUGAACUCAGGCCCAUUCCCCCAAAAAAUACUAACAAAACCUUGAGACCACAAGACCCUUUUAUUCUUAAACUCGGGUACCAAAUGCUGAGGCCCUUAGCAUCAAAUCCUUGGACCUUGAAGAUUGGGUCUAAAUCUGCACUGUGAGCAGUGUGAGCUUUGGAGUGACAUGACUUUUCACUGGGAACCUUGGAUUCUUGUGUAUGUUUUAAGUGAAUAAGCAAUUUGAAACUCCAGAAUUUAAAUUGCUUAAUCUGUUUACGUUUUGAAUGAAUAAAUGAUCCAAACAACUUUAUUUUCAAAAAAUGUUGGAUGGAAACUUCAAGUUUCAAGCUGGGGCAUACCCGUCUAAUCUUUUAGUGAAUAUGCAAUUCAAAACUUGAUUCCAAGUUCUAAACCACUUCAUUUUGAAAAAUUUUGUUAGGAAUUGAUGUCACUCAGAAAAAAAAAACCAGUGAUUCGGAACUUGAAACUUUGA